UUGUUCUUAAAUACGUCUUAUUUUGAGGUUCGUUUGACUCCCCUACUUUCAGAACUUACCGAAGCUCAAUGGGCAGAGGUUGAAGCAGUUCUCAGGUCUGGAGCUUCGGACACUGUUUUGGUAGAAAAUUUCCGCAUGGCUGUGACCCGGAAAGAGCUUCUAACAUUGACGGCGUCGAAUUGGCUCAGUGACAUGGUCAUCAACUUCUACAUGCAGCUUCUCUAUCAUCGCAGUCAGAAUCAGUCAGAUGAGCAAACGAGACGACCGUUACCUCGUAUUGCCGUUCUGUCAACAUUUUUCUACGCCAAACUUGUGUCGAAUACCGGCGGAGGAUACAGCGGUGUGCGUCGAUGGUCUCGGCAGUUGAAACUGCUCGAUCAAGAUCUGGUCCUCAUUCCGAUCCAUGAUCGCGGAAUGCAUUGGUGUCUAGCGUGUAUUGACUUUCGCUCUAAAACAAUCACAUAUUACGAUUCAAUGGGCUCCGGAAAUGACCGGUGUCUUCAAGCUCUGAAGAGCUAUCUGGAAGAUGAGUGUCAAGAUAAAAAAGGCCAAUCACUUCCCGAUUCGUCCAGCUGGAAACUAGUGAAUACCGAGGUGAGUUAA